AUGGUGGUCUAUUCUUUUUAUAUUUUCGACCGCCACGCGGAGUGCAUCUACAAGCGCCUCUGGCUCCCUAGGCCGACCUCUGUUCAUAGCAAAUCAUCUCGCCAGACCUCAGACUCCCCGUUCGCCAACGGUGCCUCUAAGACGGGCUCCCAUGGCCCUCUCAGUGCAGAAGACGAUGCCAAACUAAUAUUCGGAACUGUUUUUUCCCUACGGAAUAUGGUCCGUAAAUUGGGCGGAGAGGAUGACAAUUUUCUCUGUUAUCGCACCAGCCAGUACAAAUUGCAUUACUACGAGACCCCGACAAAUAUUAAAUUUGUUAUGCUUACCGACACCAAAUCCAACAACAUGCGGCUAGCCUUGCAUCAAAUAUACGUCAGCCUCUACGUUGAAUAUGUUGUCAAAAACCCACUAUCUCCUAUCGAGCACCCUGGCGGUGACGGCGUGAACAAUGAGCUGUUCGAGGAAUCCUUGGAACAAUUUGUGACCCGCGUGCUAUAG